AUGCAAUCAGUUAUUAGUAUUCGUAAUGAAAUACAAAAUAUAGAAUAUGAAAUACAAUCAUUUAUUUCACAUUUAUUAAGAGAAUCUAAUAAUAAUGAUAUGAAUGAAAUAUAUUAUGAUGAAAUUGAUAAACAAAUAUUUGAAAGUAGUAAUCAUUUAAAUUUAUUAAAAAGUAUUAUUGAUCAAUCUAAAUAUUCAUCUGAUCAAUAUCAUCAACAAUUACAUUAUAAAUCAAUUAUACAAUUUUUAAAUCAUUCACUUAAUCAUUGUAAACAUUUAUUAUCAUUCACUCAAAAUCUUAAAGAUAGAAAAAAGUUUACAAAAAAUAAUCAAUCACAUUUAUUAUUUAAUGAAAAUGAAAAUAAUACUUUAGAGGAAGAAGAAAUAACUAAUGAAAAUAGAAAUGAUUUUAUAAUACAACAAGAAUUAAUGAAACAAUUAUCAUCAUCAACAGAUUUACAAGAUGCACAAGAUACAGAAAUAACAGCAAUUCAAAUCAGUGAAUUAUUAACAGCCUUUGAAUCCAAAGUAGAAGAACAAGGUGAAUUAAUGAACAUGUUUGAAAAUAAUAUUGAACAAGCAAAUGACUGUAUGGAUCAAGCAAAUGAAGAAUUGAGAAAAUUAAAUAAGAAAGAUGAUACUAAAUUACCAUUUCCAUAUAAUAUUUUACCAACCUAUGUCAGUCACUUUAUCAAAUAUUUUGUUUCUUACUUGUUUGUUAUAUUGGGUUUAAUCAUUUUCAUUUAUGAUAGAAUAAAAUUGUAA